AUGGUUUCCGACAUGUCAUAUUCUACCGUCUCCAAUGUGAUUGACACAUGGGAAAGGAUCAGAAGAAUCAAGGACUUUGAGUCUGUGGUUGGAACGAAGCUCUUUCAAAAGUUCUUUGCACUAGAGCCAGAAGCUCAGCGUAUCUUUGGCUUUCCAGAUGACAUGGACCCAACGUCGGAUGAAGUCCUCACGAAUAAACGCUUUGUCAAGCAUGCCAAGUACUUUGUCCAAAUGAUCGAUCGUGCCCUUUCUCUUCUCGGUCCAGAGGUGGAAAUGCUGACUGAAAUCUUACUUGAAUUAGGAGAAAAGCACUCAAGAUAUGGUGUCAAACCAGAAUUCUUUCCAAGUAUGGGCCGGGCCUUGAUGGAAGCAAUCUCGUGUAAUCUUGGCGAAGGAGAGUUUGCUGAGGUCAAGACUGAUUGGAUUGAGGUUUACGGUGCGCUUUCCUAUGAUAUGAUUCGAGGAAGUCGCAUGGCCACCAAUAAGGAGUAA